GUGUCUGCUAGGCUCGUGCUGCAGGUUUUCUCCAACGCGUGUGCCCGGCGACCCGGUCGUCAUGGAAUCAGACUUGACCGAAGACCUUGAUGAGGAGGAGCAGCUGAUGAGAAAGCAUCGCAAAGAGAAGAAGGAGUUGCAAGCCAAAAUUCAGAGCAUGAAAAAUGCUGUUCCCAAGAAUGACAAAAAAAGGAGGAAGCAACUCACUGAAGAUGUUGCUAAGUUGGAAAAAGAAAUGGAACAGAAACAUAAAGAGGAACUGGAGCAAUUGAGACUGACUUGCAAGGAGAAUAAGAUAGAUUCUGUUGCUGUUAAUAUUUCAAACUUGGCACUUGAAAAUCAGCCUCCUCGGAUAUCGAAAGCACAGAAGAGACGGGAAAAGAAAGCUGCAUUGGAAAAGGAGCGGGAGGAAAGGAUAGCUGAAGCUGAAAUUGAGAACUUAUCUGGAGCUAGGCAUGUAGAAAGUGAAAAACUUGCUCAGAUAUUGGCAGCCAGAGAGUUGGAAAUUAAACAGAUUCCAUCUGAUGGCCACUGUAUGUAUAGAGCCAUUGAGGAUCAACUGAAAGAACAGGACUGUGCUGUGACUGUGGCUGCCUUAAGAAGUCAAACUGCUGAAUAUAUGCAAAGCCAUGUGGAAGACUUUUUGCCAUUUUUAACGAAUCCUAAUUCAGGAAAUAUGUAUACUGCAGAAGAGUUUGAAAAGUACUGUGAUGAUAUUGUAAACACAGCUGCAUGGGGAGGCCAACUUGAGCUAAGAGCUCUGUCUCACAUUUUACAAACACCAAUAGAGAUAAUACAAGCAGAUUCUCCUGCUAUUGUAGUUGGCGAAGAAUAUUCCAAACAACCAUUAAUACUUGUAUAUAUGAGACAUGCAUAUGGAUUAGGAGAACAUUAUAAUUCUGUUGCACGGUUGGUGAACACAGCUACUGAAAAUUGCAGCUAGUUUACAAAACGUUACACAGUUAUGUUUUAAUACAGUGUGCCGAUCUGAGUAUUGCUACCAAGUGCUAAAUUGUUCUAAAUGCUACUGAAAACACAACUACCUUAAAUCAAUUUUAAAAAUAAGCUUACUACCAGGCUUUUUAGAAAUAUGUCAGAGAUAAACUUUAACCAGUAUCCUCUUAGUGGUAUUUUGAAACUUAAAAAUUGAUGUGGAGAAUAUCACUUAUAGACCAAGGUCGUACCCUGUUUACUGAUACAUUUUUAUCAUUUUUAUUUAUAUAGCAUCCUGGAUAUUUUGUUCUGUUUAAGGAUACAUUUUUAAAUGUUUAAAAAUUUCAUCCCACUACUAAAAUUUUCCAAAGAAAAUUUCAGUGUAAUUUUUCUAGAAGUGAAAUGACUCAUUCUCUGUCAUUAUAAUAAAGUGGUAUUGUGAUGGCAAAUUUAAUUAAUGCUUAUAAAAUAAACUUGACUUCACUAACCUUAGUGUUGAUGGGAUUAGUGGGGUGAAGUUUUUAUGUAGCUUGUCAGUGCAGCUAGGAAGCUUGCUAUAAUAAUUAAGAAUUUCUAAAUAUUUAUUCAGUUAUUAAGUUUAAAGAAAUGAGACAAAGUCAAAGGUAAAUAGAUAUUCACUGUCAAAUUUAAACCUCUAAAGAUUAGAGAUUUGCCUUUUAUUUGUGUAUAACUUUAACAAGACAUGACAGAGCAUUGUCUAAUUCAUUUAUUACUCUUUGCUGUUCUUGAACUUUAGACUGGAGUUAGUGUCAUCUCUUGAUUCUCUUCUUAACUGCUUAUUUUUAUAUUUUCUAGUGUGGUUUCUGUUCACUACUCAGCUGUUUUGCUUUCCCUGCAUCCUUUUCCACUAACUGACAUUUUGUGGCCUCUCAUUCUUUUCCUUCUGCAAGUUGAGGAUUUUGCAGUGCAAAAGGUGCCAAGGCCACAUUUAUUUCACGUUCUUUCUCUUUUCCAGUUUGUCUUACAAGAUCUGUCCCCUUCUGCUCAUUCUCUAGGAUUAGAUAAAAGCCCUUGACACUAUUUUGUUAUUAAUGCCACUUUCUUCAACUCAAUUAUUUGGAGAAUUCUUAUGUUGUAUAAAGGGUUGAGUUGAAAGCCACUGUUUGGGCACCAAGAAUUUCAUAGUAAAAUAAGUUUGCAGGAGUUUUCUGUGUGAAUUAUUAAUUUUAAAUUUCAGAUCAGUCACAAUAGUGUUCUUUCUAAGAGAUAAUACCCACAUAUACAAAUGUAUCUGAUAAUUUAUUAUGUAAGGAAAUAUUAUGAAAACGAGAUCUAUUUGAUUUGAUCUGUUUUUCCCAAGUUAGAAAUAUAAGAUAUAAGAGGGUAAGAUUUAGCAUCAAGUUUAUAACAUUUGAAUUUUUUUUCAUUCACAAAGUAUUUAUUGAUUGUUUAUCAUGUGCCAGGUAAAUGACAGUGUAUGAGAAAAUCAAACAAAUAUCUGGGAACUUAUAAUGUUAUUAUAACAUUGGAAUUUUUGCUCCAUUAUAAUUUUUAUGAGGAAAUAUUGUGUUUAUAAUAUUAAAAAUGGCUUCAGACUGGGCUUGGUGGCACAUGCCUGUAAUCCCAGCAGCUUGGGAGGCAGGGGGAUUGCAUGUUCAAGGCCAGCCACAGCAACUUAGUGAGACCCUGUCUCAAAAUAAAAAAAAUAAAAAGAGGACUGGGGGUGUGGCUCAGUGGUUAAGUGCCCCUGGGUUCAAUCUCUAAUAUCAAAGAAAAAAAGGCUUCAGUCACACCUGGCCAGCAGUUAACACUGUAGGAAGCUGGUCAGGACUGUGGUCAACUAGAGCAAGUAAGUACAUUUUGCCUCCAAGCAAUAUAUUCUGAAGGCUACCUGUUUUGUUACCUUUAAUCUGAAUUUUUUGGGGCAUCUGAAAUUUAUAAAAGAAGGAAACCAAGAAUAUUAAAUGCUUUGGGUGUAUUUUGAAGUAAAUCCGUUACUUUAAAAUAUCAGCAUUAAGAAAUAAUAAAAUUUUAUGAAACCUAGUUAUUAUAAAUUCCAGCAUCAUCAAAAGUAUUCUAAAAAUAACUCAUUGGUGUUUUUCUUUUUUAAACAAGAAGAGUUAAAAUAUUCUUAAUUAUAUGGUUUUCUUUUUUUUUUUUUUUUAAGUACUAGGGCCUAGAGUUGCUAAAGCAAGUGUUCUACUAUUGAGCUGCAUCCCCAGUUUAUCUUAUUUUCUGCUAACCUUUUUAAUUUUUUUAAAAAAUUUAAAGGGUCAGUACAGUUAUGAACAAGAUUUGUAUGGUUAGCUGUUUUUCAUAAAACUACAGAUAAAUAUUUGUAUAACUGAAAAAAAAAGCUCUUCCCCACCCCCACCCCGAAAUAGCAGAUAUUAGUUUAAAAACAGCAUAUGAUACUGGGAUAUGGCUCAGUGGUAGGGGGCUUGCUCAGCAUGUGCAGGGCUCUGGGUUCAAUCCUUAGCACUACAAAGGGGGGAAAAAAGCAGCAUAUAUUAAUUUGGUUUGCUGUAUGAUGAUGGCCUAAUGGAAAUUACAUAAGCUUUCUUUUGUCCUAAUUUGGAAAAUUGUAUGUCAUUUCUGGAAUAUGUCUUUAGCCAAGAAUUUUAUCCACUUAAAUAUGUUUACAGCUUGUAUAAAGCAAAAAAAAAAAAAAAAAGUAUGUGUGUAACUAUUGUGAGCAAUGUAGUUUUGCUCAUAUUAUCUGAUGUUUGCCAAAAGAAUAAAAGAUGAAUGAAUUAAAUCAA